AUGCGAGUGAUUUCUGCAUUGGCAAUACUGAUAUCAGUGCUAACAGCACUGGUGAAUCUCUACAUAUACACGUAUCCAAGUUUGAACGCGGAGAAUUGCUCUUGGAAGCACCAAAAACAUCAAAAGCAUUCCUAUCUGGAGGACGUGUUUGAGCAGUAUGCACACACAAAAAAGGGCUACUCAAAGGCCUCCAACGGUGCAAAUAGCACUAGUGAAGUUGCUGAUAUUCGUCUAUUGGCCAUUGGUGAUCCCCAGAUCAACGGCAACUGGCCAUCCACGAAAUAUAUCAAACGGCUGGAUAACUACGGCAACGACUACUAUUUGGGCCACAUAUACCAGGUGAUGAAAAGAAGAUUGCAGCCGUCUCAUGUGGCCGUGAUGGGAGACUUGUUUUCUUCGCAAUGGAUCAGUGAUAGCGAAUACUAUAACAGGACGAGGCGGUUUAUUACCCGACUUUUUCCCGGGCCUGAGGAAUACACUGCGUACAACCUCGAUUUCGUCAAUAAGCACGAGGACGUGGACUGGGUUUCGCACAUGCAUUGGUUCCAGAAGACCCUUGAGGAAGGAGGGUUCAAAGGACCUGAUCAAUAUGACUUCCAGAACAUUUACGAUUGGACAGAGCACCAGCUUGCUGACGAACCGCUAUUCAUCAACCUGACUGGAAAUCACGACAUUGGAUAUGGCGAUACGACAUAUCAGCACAUGACCCGGUUCAGAAGGCUAUUUGGAAAGGACAACUAUUGGAUUGAAUAUGGGGCUGGCACUGAUCAUGCUUGGAGGAUUGUGGUUUUAAACUCGCUAGCUUUGGAUGGCCCUUCGGCCCAACCAGAGUUCCUGGAUUACACAUGGCAAUUCGUCGAGACUUUACGGGAAAGACCAUUUGAAGGAAGCACCAUACUGCUCACUCAUAUUCCGUUCUACAAGCGUGAAGGCUUAUGUCGCGAUGGACCUUUUUCCGAAUUGUACACUCCUGAAAAUGCUGUUGGGGCCUACGCCAUUGGCAAACUCAAGUCCGAGAAUCACCUCCAAUAUGAGACGUCCCAGCGGGUCUUAAGCGCAGUUUUUACGAGCGGAAAGCCGGGAAUUGUGAUGACGGGUCAUGACCAUGAGGGAUGUGAGAAUUACUACAACUUAAGUCCCGAAGGUGAAUGGUAUGCUUCCAAGGAAGUAGAAGCUGACGUUCAUAUCAAGGAAAUCACGGUUCGGGCCAUUAUGGGCGAAUUUGGUGGAAACACGGGAAUUAUGACCGGUCACUUCGAUGAAGACGCUAAACAGUGGGAAUUUGAUUAUACUCUGUGCCCAUUCAUUGUGCAGCAUGUAUGGUGGGCAGCUCAAAUAGGGUUGCUUCUUUCUGUUUUGCUGGUUUCUGGUGCGUUGCUGUUUUGA